AUGGCAUCGGAGCACGCGCCUCUCUCCGGCAAGAUCGCUAUCGUCACUGGCUCGUCAAGGGGUAUCGGCGAGGAGAUUGCGUACGAGCUAGCGAAGCAGGGCGCCCGAGUCAUGAUUACCUAUACAUCCGAGUCCGGAGGCCCUCGCGCGGAGACACUCGUCAAGUGCAUUGAGCAACUUCAGAAUGGAUCCGCCGCCGCGACUGUACGCGCCGACCUUCGCCUACUCGAAUCACCUGCGAUCAUCGUCAACGCCACCCUAACCGCGUUCUCCACGCGGACCAUCGACAUCCUCGUCAACAAUGCCGCCGUGCAGCUCGUCCGUCCCCUCGUCGGCACGACCGCUGAAGAUUAUGCGAACAUCUUCGACCUCAACAUCCGCGGCGCCAUCUUCAUGACGGAGGCCGUCAUCCCGCACCUCCGCGCGCCCGGACGCAUCAUCAACAUCUCGUCCACCAGCGCGAGGAGCGGCUACAUCGGGUACAGCCUGUACGGCGCGAGCAAGGGCGCGCUGGAGAGCUUCACAAGGAUGUGCGCGGCGGAGCUCGCGCCGGCGGGGCAUACCGUCAACGCGAUCGCUCCGGGGGCGAUCCUCACAGAUAUGUACGGCGAUAUACCGAAGGAGAUGGUUGAGGCAGAGAAGCAGCGUACGAUUGAGCGGAGGGCGGGGCGGACGGAAGACGUGGCGUCGAUCGCUGCGUGGCUAGCAGGAGAGGGCUCGCGAUGGGUGACGGGUCAGACGAUCUCGGCGACGGGUGGUUUCGUGAUGCUUUAA